UACACGUAUCUGAAAUUCAUAGCGUAUUUAGAGCUAGCGAUGUCAGUUUAAAUGAAAUAUCGCAAUUUGAGUUUGUUUACAAUUUGUGUCACGCAUGACUGGAAAGGGCGCAGGAUAACCAUGUGACUUGAUUCAAUAGGUGACUUGUCAAUAUGAAUGAUAACAUUUGCAUUGAGAUGCUGAAGGAAAUGAAAUUGUUGAUCUUUUUAUAAGAAAAUGAAAAUGCCAGUUAUUAACGGAAUAGUGUUUCCAGUGAAUUAUUAUACCUCUUUAAAAGGAAAAUUUUUGCAUUCUGAUGCUCAUGUAAAAAGUUGGAAAAAGCCACAGUUUGAUGAAAAGUCAGUACGCUUAGUGUUGUUUCGUGAUAGUGAUGGAAGGGGUAGAGAAAUCAUCUUUGAUUCCAAAUGUGUUAAGGAAGAAGAAAAGAGUUGUAGAUGGGGUAAAUGUCGUCCAGGACAGAAACUCAAUUCAGUAGCAGAAGGACAAGUGCCAAAAAAUGUCACAAAUCAGAAAUUUCAUAAUUAUCAGCCCACCAAAACUGGUGCAGAUGCCAAAAAAUUUGAAGAGGUCAUGUUUGGUGCUGAGGGCGUGGCCUAUCGUGGGACCUCCCUCAAAGUUCAUGUUGUCAGGUCUCCACCAGAGCUUAUUCUAACAAAAGUUUUUAUUCCUGAGAAACCAAAGAGGCUGUCAGUUGCGGAUGAAGAUUCAUUAACCUUUUCAAGUGCUCCUGACCUUACUGCACCAAGAACAAUAUCUCAUGAUAGUAGAGAAAACAGUUUAGGCAUUGCACAGAGUGUUCCUGUAGAUGUGCCGUCACCAUCACCUCGGUACAGCUGGAUGAUGAGAAGUGUUGACUUGAUUGAUGAGGAUAGUGGGUUAGCAUCAUUGAACUCCAGUGGAAGUUUUCACGCGACCUACCCCUCACCAGGCAGCAGUAGCAGUGGUUGCAAUAGUUUGACGCGAGAAAGGAGGUAUCACCGUGGGCAACAUUUCUCUCUUGAAAGCUGCGGUCGAAGAAAAAGUCAGCAGGAUAUUCUAGGAGAGCAGUUGAUAUCUCCUAAUAGGUCUAAAAAGUGUAAAAUGGCACUUGGAAUUAUCUUUGGUACAAUAGAUGAGAAUAAUUCAGAAGCUAAUAGAUUGUUUGAGAACUUCUUCUUUUCUCACAUUGCGUUAUUUGAGAGUCAUUUAGAAGAGUUAAGACAGAAUGUAGAGAAGGCCUAUUACAGUGGUAAAACUCCACUGUUCCUACAAGCCAUGAUUGAGUCAUUUCAAUGUUUCAAGAGUGAUAUAGCUGACUUGUACACAGCACCUCGUUUACUUGAACCAGUCUGGUUAAACAUGAUGUCAUACAGUAGCUACCGAUAUAUGCUUUGUGAUAAUUUCCUUAAAGAAUUUGUAUUCUUAGUCAACAAAUAUGAAAAUAAAUCCACUAACUUUUUUAUGAGUACCUUGCUAACUGCAGUGCUCUCACAUCAUCUAGCCUGGGUACCUACUGUAAUGCCAGCUGGAGGUUCACCAUCAGCAACAUACCUUGAUAAACAUUCCGCCAAGUGGGUAGACACAUUAGCCAAAUCUCAUCCAUAUAAUCCUCUAUGGGCUCAACUUGGGGAUUUAUAUGGAGCCAUAGGAUUCCCCCUGAAACUUUCUAGAACUGUUAUAGUAGGGAAAAAGGCAGAUAUAGUGAAAAAAAUCCUGUAUAUUCUUAGUUACUUCAUCAGGUGCAGUGACAUUUUAGAAUCUACUGAACACGGUUGCCUGGAAACUUAUCUUGAAAAAUUGAACUUUUCUGCAGAAAGCCCAUGUGAUAGUGACAAAAAUCUUGCUCAUUGUGCACAAACUCCCUCAAAUGAGAGUGAUAAAAUAUUCGAGUCUAGUCCAACCCCGGUGAAUUCCUGUCCAAAAUUUUCAUUUUCAGAAAAGACUGGAGGUGAUUUACCAUCUUUUCCAUCAUUGGGAUUAGAUUCUUUAUUGAACACUUACGAGGUUAAAUCAUCCUCUAGUGGUACAGAAAAAGACUGUAAUAGUAAUAAUCAGGGUAGUGCUGAUAUAUCAGGAAAUGGGAAAACUUGCCCGGCUUGCGAGAGGAAUAGUUAUUCUCAGGAUUACGAGGAAAGCAAUAAGUUCGGUAAAAGUGUGUUCUAUGUAAGUCCUUUAACCUGCUACUGUGAUAAAAGUGAUUCCAGUGUAAUGUCUGACUGUGAGGACAGAGACUCUAGUGAGAAACUUAAAAUGCAGAAAAAGAAAGACAGUUUAAGACUAAGUUUGAAAAUACCAAAUGAAGAAUCUCAAAAUACUCAGAAUUGUAUACAAAACAUGAAUUCCAAUACAACAGGUAGUAAUUUAAUUGAUUCAGAAAAAUGUAGACUGUCAAUGGUAGAAAUUAUUGAAGACGCCAAAGUAGAGAAAGCUGGUCAUAGUAGAAAGGCAGUCGAUACUAAAGUGACCCAUGCUCUUCCCCCACAUUCUGUUGUUGCGGAGGAUAUGAAAAUACCUCAGUACGUGAAUAAAGUCUUGUCACAUGAUGAAAUGAAGUCAAUUUUCAGACAGAAAGGGAGUGAUAGUAUGUUUAAUGAAUAUUUUGAUGAGGAGGGAAUAGUUGCAAAAACAAUCGAUGAAAUCGAUGAAAAAGAUCGUGUUGUUGCUUUACCGACUAACAAGCAACGGAAUCUUUCAGGGGAGACAAGUCAGUAUUGGAAUGAGGAUGAUCCUAAUAAAGCACCAUCUCUCCCAGAUCUCACAGCUGUUAAAACUGAUUCUAGUCACGGCAAAGGUGACAGUGAUAGAUCACAGAGAAAUCGUCUCGGAUCACUAGAUCAGUCGUAUAAACGUAGAAGAUUUUCGUUGUCAAGACAGAUUUCAGAAUCUUCAAACAAGAACUUAACUGGACGCUGCAGGCCUAUAACACCUACAGAGCUUGGAAAGAAAAGACAUAUGUCAUCUAUGAGCAGUUUUGAUUUUGAUUUGAUGGAUCCAAGAGCUUAUUGCCAGGAAUUGCCAUUACCAGUACUGAGUCCAGAAAUAAACUGCAGUAGUCAGAAGGAGGUAGAUAAGAACUUUGGUCGUUCACUUCUAGCUGAUUAUUCUGACCAUUACAUGUCUGACUUUGUGCUUCAUGGAACGUCUGAUAAAAAUUUUCAAGAGAAAAUGGCCAAAGAUAUCAGGAUGGCACUUCAGUAUUCUGUGUUGGAUGAGCCUAUAGGAGAAGCUGUUUGUAUAGUGGCAGACACUGAUAACUGGUCAGUGAAUGUGUACAGCAGUCAGCAUAUAGACAAAGCCGGCAAUGGACCUCUCACAUGUGUAGCAUCACAACUUAUCACAAACUGUAUAGAAUCUGUUGUUAGUAUGGCAAAACUCAAGAUGAGCCCCGAAUUUUGUAUCAUGCAUUUAGAGGACUGUUUUCAAGAAAUUUACUUUAAAAGUAAAAUGAUGGCAGAGUGUUUAAAGAAGAAUAAGAAAGUAGGAGAUUUACUGGCCAUGAAUAGACUGGAGAGGAGUGAUCUCCCUUUACUUGUUGCCAUUUCUGGAACCCACAUGCCUGACUUCCCUCUUGUGUGUCUUUCAUGAUGAAACAUGAUAACAUGCUACAAGAAACAUUGCUAUUAUAGGCAGUAGAUGAAGUGGAUAGUAAGGUCAUAAUAAGUCCUACGUAUUCCAAAGUUGUGUUUUGCGAGGGGAUAUCAAGGAAUACUGAUGACGUCUGCUUUUCAACAUCAGAUCUUGAGAAUGAAAAUCUGAUUAUGAAGAGUAGAUAAAAUGACUUAAAUGGUAUUUAGGUGUGCUAUGAUUGAAGGCUUACAUGUUUAUACAGUCGGAAAGGUCUUUUUACAAGAUGUCUUAGAAGUAUCAUAGUCAUUAUUGGCGUGGAUAGGACAUUUAUAAAAUUUUGACAUUCACAAUAAAAUUAUACUUGUCAUGGUGCUUGCUUGUGGUCAGUGAAAAGGGAAGUAACCUUCAUAACAAAACCAAUGAAGGGAGAGAACUGAUACUGUUGACUAAGGGAAGAUUACUGGUGCUAGAUAUAUUUUCAUAAUACUGGACUUGCAUACAUUAAGAUGUUAGGGUCUGAACCAUAAACUUAUAUCAUCGAAAGCCAAAAAAAAAAAAACUUUAGCCAGAAGUUGAUCAUGAAAACAUAAUGCGAGAGCUAAUCGCAAAACUAUUGUUAGUUCUUCUUUAUUUCAUAAAAGUUUUGCGGUCAACCCUCGUAAUUUAUUAUAAUGGCAGGGUAAGAUUUUUGCCUGUUUAAUAGAGGUUUCAGACUUUAUGUAUAGAAGUGCAGGAGACCCAAAAAAUACGACUUAAGUAUUAUGUUAUUUUUUUGUUGUCAAUACUUGCUGGUGCUAUUAAGUUAAAGCUACAGAGAUUUUAAGUGUAAAACAUUUUGUGGCUUACUUAAGUCAACACAGAUAGAUAUUGCAUUUUACUCACAGUUUUAUGUGUAAACUCUGAAAAAAUUAAUAUGCGUUUAUUAUAUCUUUUUUCUCAGUUUAUUCAUAUAAAACAGGUACAUUAUUGUUCAGUUGGUUAACUCAACUUAGGAUUAUUUUUUUGUUUUACAUUGCUUUGAUAUGAUUUAUUUUGUAGGUAUUUUUCGAUAUAUUUUGAAAAGAAAAUUAUUAACCGAUAUAAGCCUGACCGUUUUCCAGUAUACCGAAAGUGUUUAAAUUAUUUGAGAACUAGUUCUUGUUGUAAUGCUAAUAUAUAUGACCUUGCUUAUGUGACAUGACCUUUAACCUGCUGAAUUUUUUUAAUGAAUUUGCUCAGAUUCUAUUUAUAGAAUUGCCCACUGUCAACCCAGAUACUUAUUAUAGAAUUGUCUAUUUUUGGAAUAUGACAAUAAACCUUUAAAGAUAGUAACCCAGGAUUAUAGAGCCUGGUCAGACUUUGAAGGCAAAUUGUUUAUGGUCCCAGCAGGCUAUUGGUUAAAAACCAAUGUGAAUGAACUUCAUAAAAGGUUUUCUUUGUGACAGUAUCUUAAAAAGCUUUCAGUAUUAUCUGUGAAGUAUUUACCCAAUCAUGUUAUUACAAAAUAGAUCAUACUUUGCUUGUACAGGUGUAUUUGGUAUGUUUCUUUACAUGUUUUGUAACACUCAAAGUGUCUUAAAAAGUGUUUUCAUUAUUAUAUCUGGAUUGAAAUUGUAUCAGUUCUUAGCCAAAGUCUGUAGGGGUGUUUUUAUAUCCUUUUUUUGAAAAAUAUAUUUAUGAAUGUUCAAUAAUUUCAGGAAGAAUGGGUAAUAUGUGUAUACAUUGCUUAGCAGUGUUAAUCAAAGUGUAGCUUAAAUGUUUGUUGUUGUUGUUGGUUUUUUUUUUCAAAAUCACAGCUCAAUUUAUAAAUGUAUUUUGUGUCAGUCCAAAGCAAUAUCCUCAGCUGUUUUGUGUACUGUGUAAACAUCACAAAUUUUAAAAUACUAUAUUUUUUAUUUCAUAUUAAAUAAGUGUUUUUUCAGGUACUUAAAUAUUUUAAAAUCUGAAAUACAUCCAUUUGUAAUAAAUAGCGAUAAUUUCUUAGAAUAUCAUCUUAAUAGUAAUGGCCUUAAUAUAUGCUUUCAUAUAAUAUGCAUUACCUCCCCUGGUACCCAUUUUUGGGGAUCAUAACAUAUCUUAUAUGCUGAAGAUUAGAUGAAAGUCCCUCUUCAUGUAAGCUUUUAAAACCUUUUUAAUGUAGGUUUUGAAAUAAUAUUUUUCUUCACAUUAAAAUCAUCUGUUUACUAAGCUUUUCGCAAGUUAUAUGAGCCGCGUCACAACAAAACCAACAUAAUGGGUUUGCGACCAGCAUGGAUCCAGACCAGCCUGCGCAUCCGCGCAGUCUGAUCAGGAUCCAUGCUGUUCGCUAUCAGUUUCUCUACUUGUUAUAGGGUUUGUACGCGAACAGCAUGGAUCCUGAUCAGACUGCGCGGAUGCACAGGCUGGUCUGGAUCCAUGCUGGUCGCAAACACACUAUGUUAGUUUUGUUGUGACGCGGCUCAUAUGUAUUAAAUAAUGACAUCCCCCGCCCCACCAACUAUAUCUGCAACUUUAGUGAAAGGGAACUGAAGUAAUAAAUGAAAAAGGUCAGAACCAUUUAUAAGUUUUUGUGCUGCUAAUUUUUAAGGUACUAUACAAGUAUCUAUUUCACUCAAGAGCAGGAUUUUUAAAUUUUAGAUGUUUGUUGCAUUAUGGACUAAAAUAUGAAUAUAAAUAAUAUAUCAUCAUUUAUUUAGUUCUGUAACAUAUUGGAACAUUUUUGUUUUUGUUUUUUUAAUAUACAUGAUGUAUAUAUAAAAUUCAAGAAAGGGUCACUACCUUAUUUAUGCCCAUUAAUUUGAUGAAUUUGUCUUUGAAAAUGCCUUACAUUUUUAAAAAGUCUAUUGAGACACUUCUACACUAAGUCUUUAUCAUACAUAGUAUGUGGUCAGAAUUCUUUUUUCAUACACGACUGUAUUCAAAGAGCAGGAAUAAUCUAUUAAAUAAAUCAUACUAACAUUUUACGGUAUUUCACAGGAUUUCACAGGAUUUGAUCUAUGUUUGAAUAUAUAUCGAUUAUAAGGUUGUUUUGUUUUCUGCUUUCAUGCUACAUGUCUUAGCCAUUAUUUUUCAUAUACAAAUAUAAACAUAAGCAGUUUUGUGAUUUGAUGUAAGAGAAAUGUUUUGUAUGUCAGUAAAUCAUGUAGUUUUGAUCGUGUUUACGAGAUGAAUUAAUGUUAUUUAUUUAUAAUAAAUGUGUUUUUGUCAUAGUAGUGCAAUAUAUUGCAAUAAAAAGUCUUGAAUCUGC